AUGAACAUACCUGUCGGGUCUCGAUGCUUAGGUGGAUCAAGGCGAUUUUCCUCCGCUUCUAUGGUGGGUGGCCGGAGUUCUGCUUCUCCAUGCCAGUCGUAUGGAAGACCAUGUGGGACUGGUGGCUACUCCAGCAUGAGUCUGAAUAAUUUUGGUGGGGGAAGCCAAAGAAUCUCUUACAGCCAAGGCUAUGGAGGACAAAUCUAUGGAGGAGUUGGUGGACAGCGCAUGGGAAUGGGUGGGCAGGUGAUGGGAAUGGGGGGUCUUGGUUAUGGUGGAGGGUUUGGUGGAGGUUAUGGGGGCGCUGAGUGCCAGAGUGGAUUUGGAGGAUAUGCUAGAAUGGGCAGCAUGACUAGCACCAGAAGCGAAGGGAUCCGUGGGGUCUCUAUUGACGAGCGCCUCUUGAAGCCACUUUCUCUUGGAGUUGAUCCCGAGGAGCAUAAAGCACGGACCCACGAGAAAGAAGAGAUGAAAACCUUGAACAACCAGUUUGCUUGCUUCAUUGAUAAGGUUCGAUCCCUGGAGCAGCAAAACAAAGUUCUUGCUACUAAGUGGGAACUCCUGAAUCAGUAUGUUCAACCUACUCGGAAGAACCUCGAAGCCUACUAUGAGAAUUUCAUUGGCUCACUUAAGAAACAACUGGAAUGUCUCCUAAGUGAAAGAGAAAAACUGGAACACGAGCAGAAGAACAUGCAGGAACUAGUUGAGGAAUAUAGGUCUAGGUAUGAAGAUGAGGUUAAUAGGCGUACAACAGCAGAGAAUGACUUUGUGCUGCUGAAAAAGGAUGUUGACUGUGUCUUCCUCACUAAAGAAGAGCUGGAAUCGAAAGUUGAUGUUUUAGCCCAAGAAUUGGAAACUCUAAGGUGUAUCUUUGCAGAGGAAUUAACUCAGUUCAACCACCAAAUCUGUGACACUUCUGUGGUUCUGAAAAUGGACAAUACACGUGACCUGGAUAUGGACCUCAUCCUUAAAAACGUAGAAGCCUGGUAUCAGAAUAUUGCUCACACCAGCAAGCAAGAAGCUGAAGCUUUUUACCACAGCAAGAUUGCAGAAAUUCAGAACAAUCGAGGCAAAUUCAACGAAGAACUAAAAAACAACCAGCAUGAGAUUGCAGAGCUCAACAGGAUGGUCCAGAGGCUGCAAAUGGAUAGUGAUAAUGCAAAGAAGCAGGUUGCCAGUCUUCAGUCAGCCAUUUGUGACUCUGAGCAACGUGGUGACAUUGCCCUAAAAGAUGCUCGAACUAAGCAUGUUGAGCUGCAGACAGCCUACCAGCAGUCGAAAGAUAAACUGGCAUGCCUGCUCCGUGAUUACCAGGAGCUGCUAAAUACCAAGCUGGCUCUAGAUAUUGAAAUUGCUACCUAUAAGGCACUGCUGGAAGGAGAGGAGAGCAGGAUUUACACAGGCAACCCUGUCAGUGUUGCAAUGGUUAGUGGAGGCUACCCAGUGGGUGAGUGCUCCCCUGGAAUGGGAGUCGGAGUGGCCUAUGGUGCUGCAGCAGGAAGAGGCAUGGAACACAAUCAUGGGAACUUCAACGGCAUGGGAGAAGGCUUCACUAAUGGGAGUGCACCUUGUGUCCACACUAUGGGCCCCAGGAAUACAGGAGGCUCAGGCGGCAUGGCAGCUGGAGUCAAUCAUGGGAUGGUCCACGGGGCUGGGUUGGGAGCUGCAGGAGGGGUUAGUGCCAGCAGUGGUGGCUACACAGGCAAUGUUACCACCAAGCAUGUAAUGACCUCUGGAGGUGGCAGACAUAACUCAGGUCUUUCUGCAGAUGGAAACUGUGCAAAUAGUCACCAUGGUGGAAUACACUAUAGUGUAGGAGCCACCUGUGUUUCUGGAGGGUCUGCCAUGGGAAUGCAUAGUCCUGGAGCUGGAGGCAUUUCCGGAGCUGUGUUCGGGGCUCCCCGUGCUGAGAGCAGCUCUGGGCUUAGAAAUGUCCAAGUCACAUCAGUCAGUUCUUCAGUCCGAAAAUUUAUGUACUAAAUCCCAGGCGCUGGGAAGAAGGAACUUCAUGUGGAGACAGAUGCAUGAAUCAUUAAAUUCAUGGCUGGGAACAGCCAUGCUCUAGAUUAAGACCAUAUUGAGGGUUUGGGGUGUGCCAGGAGCCAGGAGCCAGACUCGGGUAUUGGGCCAUGGCCAUGGCAAAUGAAUGGGUGGGGCUGGCUCAUAGCAAAUUCAGAAUCAAUCCUCUCAAAGGGAAAAAUCAGAACCACUCCAUUUCUGCCAUUCCUUUCCUCCCCCAGAACCAACCCUGAUUAAUUGCUCAAUUUUAGAGACCAGCUAAAUGGCUGAAAAGGGUGAAAUAAUGAUGAAUAGGCUCUGGGGGGCAUGCCUAGGCCUCUGGGAUUUCACAGGGCCUCUGGAUUACCCACCCCAUGGGAAAGAAACAGCCAGACCUUAUAUUUAUUUGAGAUAGCUUACUGUAGAUUGCUUCAGCACGUAAUGGCCAGGGUUUUCUGUCUUUAAGACUCUUCAAGCAGUCUCCAACCAUGUAUGAUCCUUUUCCCUCCAUCUAGCCUGGGAAUAUUUUAUUUUUUGCCUGUCUUUGAAUUCGGGAUUUUAUUUUAGUUUUUGAUUUUCCUUUUUGCCCUUGGUGCCUAGCAAAUCAUUUCAGAAAGGGAAGCCACAUAUUAACUGUCCAAGAUGGGAUUGCAAAUAACAUUUCUUUCCCCUGCCUCUCCCCUCCCCUGUGUCAAGAUUUACUCUAUCCACAUUUUAACACUGAUCUCUUCUCUUGACUUCUUUGCACCCAUUUUCACACUGGAAUACUUGCUUUGAUAUAUUUUUCUUCCCUGUUACAACUGGACUUGCAAUUAGACUGGGGAUGGGGAUCACGUUCAUUUUCCCACUUGUUAAAAACCUCUUUUUAAAAAAAAUUGUAUGCUGAGUUCAGAAUUGAAAUUAUGAAAUGUUGGGAUGAAGAGAGUGAUGCGUGUAGGCUGUCUACUUUUGCAUUCAGAUGUUACUUGGUAAAAGCCAAGUUUCUAUCAAAAAAGAUUAGUAGAAAUUUGAAUCCAAAUAACACGUUAGAAGGUUUCUUCAUUGUAGUGUGAAAUUCUGUUGCAUCUUUUUAAUUAAGUGUGCUUUGCCAUAGUUCAAUGCAUGCAUUACUAUUCUGAUUAAGGAUUAGUUGCAAAGGACAUACCGGUAUAUCUUUAAUAUCUACAUUGUUGCUAUAUUUUGCUCCUUGUUAAGCACUCCACGCUUCCUUCUAUAUUUUCAAUAAAUUGCAUGCAUGCACUUGG